UCCCCGCGGUGAAAGCAGUCGAAUUGACAGCGUCCGGUAGCGAGGUGCCGAAAGGAAAGGGUUGAGGAUAACGGCGGUUUAUUUUCCCGCCUGACUGUCAACGGCAGCGGAACGCGGAUAACUUUAAAAUGGGUGAGUACCAGGAUUUGUUAACUCAGUCUCUUACUGCAACAAAUCACGUUCAAGACUGUGCAAUCAUACGUUUGAAAAAUCCCUCAGUGGUGACAUCAUCCAUAGGAUUCAAACUGGAAUCCGAAGAAAUUCAAGCCUUCCUGAAAGCUUUCAACCACCCAAGCAACUUCCGAGAUGAAGGGCUUUACUUUAAGAAUGUAACCUACUUAUGUGUCAGAGCAGAUAAUAGUUCGGUGUAUGGUAAACACGAUAAUAUUGGCCUGGUGUUAGUAAAGACAGGAUCAUAUAUUAUCUGUGCCACUUACAGGGAGGGAAUGUAUCCAAGCGUGUGUGUUGAAGCUGCGGAAAAACUUGGUGAUUACUUUAGGUCAAAGGGUAAAUGAAAGGAUCAAAGACUGGCUUUUUGGUUUAUUUGUGCUACAAACAAACAGAAAAAAUACAGAAUGUGGCAAAGACCAAUUGGUAAAUCAAGUCUACUUCCAGACUCUACUCCACUUACUUCUAUUGCAUAUGUGCAGUGAAUGUUUUAUUACAAGAUAGCUAGCAAGCCUUGUAAAUCAUUGUAGAAAUCUAUAGAGGGAAUUUGCUGAUAAAAGUACAAUUCAA